AUGGACAGGUACCAUGUCCGAAUUGCCAAGGACGCUGCCCAGCGGGCGGCGUGUUUCGUCAACGUCGUACGCCAUGUGCCGCUUGCCCUGGUCGCGUGGAUGGCGCCACGGCGAGCGCUGGCCGCCAACACAAAGCCCUUUGUGCCCGUGCAGACGCUGACGCCGCAGCAGGCGGAAUCCGUCGACCAGGAGGGCGGCAGCUUCGACCUGCACAACUGGGUCGACCGCGGCAUGACGAUCCGGGGGGGCGACUCGGUGUACCAGUGCCUGGCCAACCUGACGGCGGCGCUCGAGCUCGUGGGCCAGCUCAGCAACGCAGACUACAGCGGCGCGGCCGGCGCGCUGAGCCUCCUGCCCACGGCCGGGGCCCUGCUCGGCGCGCCAACCCGCGAGAUGUGGAUCGUGUACAAGCUGGUGCCUCUCGCCGGGCUGUUCAGCAUGUUUCUCAGCCUCGGCGGGUCCAUCACGCCGUCCAAUGUCGGCGAGUACGACCCGUCGGAGCCCUUUUCCUACGGCGGCUACAUGCCCACCACCGGCGUGACCGCAACACGGCGCCUGCCUGCCUCUUCCGCCAGCUCGGUGGCAGGCUACGCAGCGUCGCCAGGGUUUGCAGAGGCGCAGCGGGAGGAAAAGUCGCCCGCGGCUCAGUUUGCCGAGCAGGUCAAGCAGCGCGCCGAUGACGACAGCGGAGGCGGUAUCCGGCUGGGCAUCUUUCUCGCCAUGGCGCUCCAAUGCACUCUCAUGGUGUGCCUGCUCGUCCCGAUGUGGUACGCACAGAGGGGGGCCGUUGUCACAUGGUGGUGUCGAGCUUGGGGCUGGAUGUACUUUUGGUACUUUCUUGUGUCGGCCGUGUCUGUGUUUGACAAUCUCGUCGCCGCGCCAUUCACGCGAAGCUGGACCAUCCGCGUGUCGCGACGGCCGGGCGGCAUCCUGCUCGACGAAACGGUGCGCAAAAUCACCAACCAGAACCGGUACGCCAACGCGCUCGAGGCACUCAAGGCGGGCCCAAACACAAACCAGCGCAUCCGUCUGGUGGCAGACAGAGGCUCGGGCUACUCCCGCACGUGCUUCUACGUGGUCAUCUCGAUCCAGGGCAUAUCACGAGUCCACGCCGUCGCCCAGGUCCUGUCCAAGGGCGCGAGCGUGGCUGUCUUUGCGUUCGGCACGGCCUUGUUUGCGUCUGCCACGCUCAUGUCCAUCUCAAUCGCGCUGAUGGUGCUCUCCAUUCUGCUGACAUGUGGCGUCGCGGGCCGCGUGCUCGCCAUGUGGAUCGUGGCCCAGAUCAGCCGCGAGAACAAGCCGAUUCUCCAUAAGCUGGUCAAGUCGGAGAGCGAGGCGGGCGAGUUUAUACACGCCAUCGCGGAGCUGGACUUACAGAUUGAGAUGCAGGGUCACGUCAUCAUAAACGGGUACUGCGUCAAGUCUCGAAGCAUGCUCUUCUCCCCCGAGACAUACAUCGGCCUGCUAGCCAAGCCGUACAACGCCGUCAAGCUGGCGGAGCAAAGCACGCGGGGCGCUAUCGCGUCGAGCUUUUCGUUUCCUGGGCCGUCAGAGUUACAUGGGAAGCCAGACAGCUACUUGCUAUCAACCUUGCAGUCUAGCGGGCAGCGGGAGCGGGAGCAUUCUGUCUUGGGUGGGAGCGUAGAGCGGCGUUCGAGGGCGGCCUCGUCCCUCUGA